CGAGGAAGAGCCCAGCCAACAGCCUCCCCAGAAUAAUCAAUGUGAUGGUAACUUGGUGAAGAGAGUUGUCUCGGAGUGUUUUUUUACUAGUAUCAACAUUGUUUCAUCGGUGGCGAAGGUUUGCGGAUCCUGUGGCAAUCUAUUCCUUGACAAGAUGUCUGAAAGGAAAGCAGUAAUAAAAAAUGCCGACAUGGCAGAAGAUAUGCAAACUGAUGCUAUUGAAUGCGCCACACAAGCACUAGAGAAAUUCAACAUCGAGAAAGACAUCGCGGCUUUCAUCAAGAAAGAGUUUGACAAGAAAUACAACCCUACAUGGCAUUGCAUCGUUGGCAGGAACUUCGGCUCUUAUGUGACACACGAGACCAAGCAUUUUAUCUACUUUUACCUCGGACAAGUUGCUAUUCUGUUGUUCAAGUCUGGAUGAAUAAAGAACAUUAUUUCCUGAGGCGAACAUUUGAUGAUAAAUUUAGUCAAUGCAAUUGCAAAAGCCAUUCGAUGUUUCCCGAAAGUGUACGCCCAAAAUAGCUGUACAAAUAUCUUAUUCAAACAUUUCGUUAAAAAGGUUGAUCACAUUCCUUUCUCAAUUUAUUCCCGUUUGUCUUUCCGCAUAGUUGCAUGCUAAUGUUUUUUUUCGUUUUCAAACAUGACGAUUUUGUAAAAUAAAAUGGACGCCUAUCAACAGACAACUAAUUUCGUUAUGCAAUUACAGCGACAAGAUGUGUAUAUAUAUAUUUAGUAGUUAAAGAGUUUAAAUUGACAAAAAAUACUUGGCUUGAAAAAAGUUGGCGGUUUAUUUUUCUUUGUUGUUAGUUACUACCAGGGAGAUGAGACCCCCCCCCCCCCCCCACACACACACAAUUGUAAACGCUUUUUCAAAUAAGAGUGGUUUCGUAUAAAUGGAACAUUAGUACUAACUUGGGAUGGUGCUGGAGCAAGUUCAGCCACAAAUAAAAUCAUUUCAACAAAA